AUGCCUGUUUGGACGUUUGCGAAGAAGUCGGUCAAAGUUUUCCUGAACUUCACGUUUGGGCAGUUUUUCGCGCAACCAUUGGAGGAUGAGCAGAUAUUUAUUACAACUAGCGGGAUUGGUUGCAAGGACAUAUACUUCAACAUUGACAAAAUCAAUACUGUCCUUGCAGACAGCGGACUCCCUGCUGUCGUCUGUGUUGCGUACGUUUCCGAACUAAUCGUUGGAUUGCCAUCAUUGAUUGAAAUUAAUGGAGUUGAUUUGGUUAUCCAAGGAGUGCCACCGGAUUGCUCGAACACCCGAAAUGAGGCGCUGUUCAGUUCUAUGAUAUCAAGUAUGACGGCAGCUGCCUUCGCGGCUGCUAGAGUUGCUGAUGGUACAACUGAGUGGUUGGAUACGGAAAAUUUCGGUGAUGUGGGAUCAUCGGGAGAGGACGAGGGUGCAACUGGUAGUGCGGACGAAAAGCCCCGAGGAUUUUUUUCUCGCAUUCAACAGUUUUUUGAGAGGUUAACGACGACGGCCGAAAAGAUUGACUUUGACAACGACAACACGAAUCCAUUUGUCGAUCAGGAAAGCAAAGAACGAGUUGCUUAUAUGAUCGAUUCAGUAAUCGCACAAGCCAGCAUCAUCCUGCGCAACGUCAAUAUCCGCGUCGAAUGUGAACUUGGCUUACCAGGACUGAAUCGGGCUUCGGGUGUCGCCUUGAGCUUUGCCUAUUUGUCAAUCACCAAUCAGCAAUCGAAAACUACCGACGGAUUUGCAAAAGCUGAUUCAGAGAAUGCUAGAUCGUAUUCUGUACCCGGGUGCAAGGAUUCAAGGUCUUAUGGAGAUGGAUGGUCUUGGCUGUGGCGCUGGGGUAGCGCACGAAAGACAAAUUCUAGAGAACCCUUCACCGGAUCGGACGAUGUUAUCAAUCCACCAGGCAGUCUUUCUACGAUGCUGCACAAGAAUGUCCAUCUUGAAGGGGUCGAGGUGUUUUGGGAUCUGUGGGACACACGGAAACAACAAGACUGUGAGGAUAGCCUGUCUAGUGUUGAAACAUCGAAUGUUGGUGGACAUGAGAGGAAGAACAGUCCGCAGGGCAUAUCGGAUGAUUUGUCGGGUGCAAGCAGAGUGCCUAAGGUUGCUACUGUGUGUCCAACCGAGGAAAACAUGGUCGCUUCAGCUAAGCUGCUGACUCUCACAGGUGUUCAUACGGCUCGCGUGAGUGUAAGAUGUCCGCUAUUCUCUUUAAAUCAAACAAGACCAGGUGAAGCACAUGGCGACAUCAAUUCACCCGAACCACAGUCCUCAAAUCCAUGGUCCUUGUUCGAACUCCGCAUUCAUCUUGAUCUCGGCGCCAUCGUUGCCUGUGUUUGUCCUAGCCAGUUCUAUUGGCUGCAGCUCUUGGUUGGACGGCUGUCUCACAUAUGGAGCAAGUAUACGGAACAGGUCACUUCCGAGCGCACCGCUCAGCAGUUUUCGCUCGGCGCCACGUUGCCUCCAGUUCUACUGGCUGCAGCUCUUGGUCGGACGGCUGUCUCACAUAUGGAGCAAAUAUACGGAACAGGUCAUUUCCGAGCGUACCGCUCAGCAGUUUUCGACACCAAAUCCCUUUGUCCUAGCCAGUUCUAUUGGCUGCAGCUCUUGGUUGGACGGCUGUCUCACAUAUGGAGCAAGUAUACGGAACAGGUCACUUCCGAGCGCACCGCUCAGCAGUUUUCGACACCAAAUCCCCGGAGCCCUGAGGACUCAUCCUCUUGCUUUCCGAAUUCUACCGGUCCUGUUGAAUCCCGCCAGAUAUCGGGCCUUUCUCGACCUCGAGGCUAUCCGGACUCAUCUCACUAUACUCUGCCGCACGGGUUUUCAGAGGCCGAAUUGGUUGAUUUAGAUUUGAACCACGACAUCCCAAGCCCAAGUACGAUGAAAUCUCCUCUUGUCGACAGCAAAUUGUUUUGGUCCUGUCUAACUGAAACCGACGAAAUGACAUCCUCCCGUGGAAUGGAAACGACAGGCUUCCCUGCAGGUACAUUUUGUGAAAUGGUGAUAUACUUUCAUCGGUUUAUCACCCAUUGGUUCUGUUCUCACUGGAGGAGCUUACACAACUUACGCAGGCUUUCCACAUAA